AUACAUUGUAGCCAUGGCAGCCAGGCAGGGGUAGAGUAGGGUAGAUUAAAGUAAGGAUAGGUGGGCAGCAGUAUUUUACUGGGCAGGCCUGCGUGCGUGGCACAGCACACAAGCAUCUUGCUUGUCCAGCUUGGAACUUCAAGGAGAAGAAAGCAAUCCGAGCAAGCAAGGCAACGCAGCUGGCGAUCGAUUCAUACAUACAUUCGUUCGUUCCCCGUAUAUAUACACAAAUUCCUAGACCAUUUCCGGGAGCGAUAUACCAAGGAAAAGAGGAACAUACUCUUCUUCCUUCCUUCCAUCUUUGGGUUGGUGGAUUGGAUGAGCCAUGGCGGUGGUCUCGUCGCCUUCGUCUCCGGCUCUGGCCCCGGAGAAGACCAGCAACUGGCUCCGCCGCGGCAACAAGAAGCUGAUCGGCAGGUACCUCGGCGAGGCGCGGGCUGCUCUGGCCGCGGCCAUGGAAGCCGGUGACGGCGGCGGGGGAGACGACGCAGCGGCGGCGGCGCUCGGGCUGGCGGCGGCGGCGCUGGAGCUGUCGCCGCGCAUGGAGGCGGCGCUGGAGCUCCGCGCGCGGGCCCUGCUCGCGCUCCGGAGGUACCGCGACGUCGCCGACAUGCUCCGCGACUUCAUCCCCAGCUGCGCCGCCGCCGCCGACGCCAUGACAUCCUCCUCGUCCUCUUCCUCCUCCGGCGGCGACUGCAGCACCGGGCUUCUUCUCUCCCCGGGCUUCGUCUCCGGCGCCGGCAGCCGCUUCCUUUGCUGCUUCGACAUCAAGCGCCGCUUAUUCCUCUGUUCCAGGGGCAGCAGCUCUAAUGGCGAGACGGAGUGGAGGUACCUGGUGCUGGGCCAGGCCUGCUUCCACCUGGGCCUAAUGGAGGACGCGGCAGCCCUGCUCCAGACGGGCCGCCGCCUCGCCUCCGCCGCCUUCCGCCGCCAGAGCGUCUCCUGGUCCGACGACACCUUCUCCCCCAACUCCGGCAGCAACACCAAACCACCAACAUCGUCUUCUCCACCUCCGGCGCCAGAUGACGACGCCGCGACCCAUCUGCUAGCGCACGUGAAGCUCCUCCUCCGCCGUCGAGCGGCAGGAAUGGCGGCCCUCGACGCCGGCCUCCCAGCCGAGGCGGCGCGCCAUUUCUCCAAAAUCCUCGGCUCCGGCGGCGGCGGGGCCCCGAAGCUGCCGCACUCGUUCGCCGCCGCCUGCCUGGUGUCCCGGGCCGCGGCCUUCUCCGGCGCCGGGAAGGCGGCCGACGCCAUCGCCGACUGCAACCGGGCUCUGGCCCUCGACCCGGCCUACAUCCCGGCGCUCAGAGCCCGCGCGGACCUCCUCGAAUCCGUCAACGCCGUCGCCGAGGCGCUCCGCGACAUGGACCACCUGAAGCUCCUAUACGACGCCGCCCUCCGCGACGGCAAGCUCCCCGGCCCUCCCUGGAGACCCCAAGGCGGCGUCCGCCAUGGCGAGAUCGCCGUGGCUCACCGAGCCCUCGUGGCCCGCAUCCGGCGGCUCCGGGGGAAGCUGGCCGCGGGCGAGGCUGGGGAUGUGGAUUAUUACUUGCUGCUCGGGUUGCGGCGGCCGGAGGCGGGGAAGAAGGAGAAUCUGCGGCCGGAGGUGGUGAGAAGGGCGUUUGUGGUGAUGUCGAUGAGGAUGAAGCCCGAGGAGCAAUGGCGGCGGACGGCGUCGUUCGCGGAGCGGGUGGAGCUCGUGGAUGAGUUCCGGGACAUGGAUGCCGUGAGGGAUCAGGCGAGGAUGUCGGGGAUGUUUCUGUACAGGAUGGUUCAGAAGGGGUACGCGCAUGUCAUGGCCGCCGUCGUGGCCGCGGCGGACGAAGAGGAAGAGGAGAGGCGGCGGCGGGUCAUGGACGCUGCCGCCGCCGCUGUUGUUACAGAAUUGUCGGCUGCGGCAGCCGGUCGCGAGGAAGAAGAAGCGACCGAGGUUGUGAUGACCGAGGUUGAAGAAGACGAUGACGUCAGCAGCGGGAAUGUUGAGAAGGGCUUGCCGGAGAUGGAGACGAGGGCGAUGGCCGUGGCGGCGCCGGCGCCGGAGACGAGGGUGAUGACGGCGGCGCCGGCGGUGAUGAGUCCUGUUUUUCAGCAGCAAGGCGCGUUCUGCCGCGACAUGGCGGUGGUCGGGACGCUGCUGUCGCGGGGCGGCGGGAUGGAGGCCAUGAGCUGCUGAUGCUCAUCAUCGGCGGCGACCGGUGGCGGGACAAAAAAAAGGUGAAAAUUUGAAGAGCUAGUUCGAUCCAGGAGAAGCUCCUGCUGCUAGUGUGUCGUACAGUUUGAGAAGUCGGUCUCUUUCGACUGGCAGCAGAAAGAAAGAAAUUUCGGUUUCUUCUUAAUUAGAGAAGUGGUACAAUUGGAUAAUGUGAGUCAAUUGCCAUGUCGAUGGAUGGAUGGAUGGAUGGAUAAUGUUGUCGAGUAUAUAUGUCCAGCUGUAGCUAGUUAUCUUGGAUUGCAUCCAUUCCCUGUGAAUUUUCCUCUCUUUUCACCGUCGAUCAGUAUCGAUCUCUGUUAUCGGUAGUACUAAGCAAUUUUGUACAGUUCCCUUUUUUUUUCUACAUGACUCUUGCCGUUCAAUUAA